AGAUCUGGUUUCUUCUCCGACAAAGCUUGCUGUCGCUGUUCUUCCGUUGCGCCCCCUGUUCUCCGCUCCACGCCGUACUAGCUGUUUUUUGGGCAAUGUUACCUGCUAGGGGCACUCGCCUCCUGCACUCUCCAGCCAACACAUGCUUCUUUAUUGGGCCACCCAAGCUUAAUUAGCCAUGAAUUGAUGACCUCUCUGGAAACCAACAUGACAUGGCCCAAUGAAAAUGGAAUAGUGAUUUUUGCUCGAAUAAUGGGGAAAACUUCAGCGAAAGAGGCUUGGGAAGAAUUGGCUAAAAUACAUGAAAUGAAGAAUAAAUGGCUCUUGGAUGGACCUCACUCAUCAAAUAAAGGGUCAGAGCUCCGCAGAUUCUUUGAGGGAACCAUUCCAGGGCAAACGAAGCGCAUUGAAAGGACUCGUUGCAAUGAAUUCUUGAAAGCCAUUCUCAAUAAGAACUGGGAUACCCUAAUGAAAUUGUUAGAAGAGUGUCAGCUUGUUGGAAAAAAUCCACAAAUUUUGGGUACUAAUAGCAUUCUUCAUAUUGCAGUACAAUUAAAUGAUGUGGAGUGCGUUAUGAAAAUAGUACAGAUAAUGUCCGAAGAAGAAAUCUUGUCCCGAGAUGGCAUUGAUUGGACAGUUCUUGCCUAUGCUACCUAUUCUGAAGCAACGGACAUUGCAGAAUGCUUAAUUACGAAGAACAAUAACUUGCUCACAAUCCCAGACACAGAAGGAAUGAUUCCAGUGACGCGGGCAUGCGUCCAACGCUCCAAGGAAACCACACUCUAUCUCUACUCUCGGACUCAGGAAUUCCUAGAUCCGGAGAAAGGCAAGCAUGGUUCCUUGCUCCUCCAUUUUUGUAUACUUAAUGAAAUGCUUGGUCAAUCCGGAGUGCAGACGCGAACUGAAGAAGGACUUCUAGUUUGGUGCAGUUACAUUUGGCGCCGUCUGUGGGAAUCUGAACUAAAGGCUCCCUUGUUGCUCUUAUCAUGGUUAAAACUAGGUCAGCUCGAGGUGGAAACUCGUCUCAACCUCUUGGACGAGCUCGCUGCCAUGCAACAGCAGUUUGGUGUCUUUCAGCUAGUGCUAGCUCAGCUGUUAGCCCGGAACAAUCCUGGUGAUCCACUCGUCAACCUACUUAAUCCUGCCCCACCACAACCCCCUGCCCCACCACAAAAUCUUGAACCAGUUCAGCAAGCUCCCGCUGUUAGUGAAUCUCAAGGCCAAUCUCACAUCGCACCAGCUCAGCAACCCUUUCAUGAUGAUGUCACUCGACGUCUAGAUAGCUUAGAAAAGCUAGUGCUUGAAACUUAUGAUGGGACGAAUGACCUCGAUGAUCAUCUACACGCUUUCUACUCUUGCAUGCGGGCCCAGAACGCCUCUGAUGCGUUGAUGUGCAAAAUCUUUCCCUCUACCCUCCGAGGUAAUGCUCGAACCUGGUACUACAGUCUGCCUCCGAGGUCAAUCAACUCUUACACAAAAAUGGCAUCUGCUUUUGCCACAAAGUUUUCCAGUAUAAGGUUGAUUAGGAAAACCACUUCUGAGUUGAUGCGAGUUAAGCAGAGGGACGGAGAGUCUUUGAAGAAUUUUAUGAGCAGAUUCAAUGAUGCAGUGCUGGAGGUUAACUCUUUCGACCAAGCUGUGGGAAUUACAGCUGUGAUCUUAGGUCUUAGCCAUGAGAGAUUCAGAGAUAGUUUUCUCAAACAUCCUGCCAACACCUUCAACGAGAUUAAGAAUAAGAUGGACUUAAGACGUCCGGGUCCAAUGAGAACUGCUGCUACUACCAGAGACCAUACUAGGUAUUGUGAUUUUAAUCAAGAUCACGGUCAUACAACAGAGCAAUGCAAUAGUCUGAGGUCCGAGCUGGAAAGUCUGGCGCAGAAAGGAAUGUUGAAUGAGUACAUCCAGAGAGUUGAACAGCCACGGUUUGUCAGGGAACAAGGGCCACAGCCUCAAGGAGUCCGUAACCCACCAAACAGGCAAGGUGUGGGAUAUCAGCAAACCCCACCCCCGCUCCCCCCACCAGCUAGAAUUAUACACAUGAUUACAGGAGGCCUGGAAGCCGGUGGACUGAACUCUAAACAGAGAAAGUUGUAUGUCAGAGAGAUUAAGCAUCCAAACCGCGCCCAGAAAUGGAAAUUUGAUAAUGCUGACUGGAAGAAUCAACCUAUUACUUUCACAUCUGCUGAUUUCGACACAGUCGUCAUACCUCACAAUGACCCCCUAGUAACUUCUGUCAUGAUCAAUAAUUGUGAGGUGCAGCGCGUCCUUGUCGACACAGGGAGUGCACCAGACAUCAUGUACUUCCAUUGUUUUGAAAGUCUUGGGUUGGAUCCGACUUUGUUGCAGCGGUAUGAUGGUCCCAUCUACGGAUUCAACAACCAGCCAGUCCCCGUUGAAGGAGUCCUCACUAUGAAUGUUGCAUUUGGAAGUGGGCAGAGUUAUGUGACCCCUUCAGUUAGGUUUCUGGUAGUCAAGAUGACGUCCUCAUUCAACGUCGUCAUUGGCCGACCCACACUGACUAAAAUCCGAGCUGUGAAGGGCAAGGCUCAGACACCUGAAAUUAAUCCCAAACGGGUCCCUGAUGAUCGGCAAGUUAUGGGUGUUGAGAUAGUAGAUAACCGACCAAAAGAUGAAACCAGAGCUGUUCCAGUCGAAGAUGUGGAGGAGGUUAUUAAAGAAGAAGUCGAGAAACUCCUACAAGCUGGCUUUGUCAGAAGGGUCGAUUAUUGUGAGUGGGUCGCCAAUUCGGUGCUGGUGAAAAAAGCAAACGGUAAAUGGCGGAUGUGCAUCGAUUACACUAAUCUCAACGACGCAUGUCCAAAGGACUGUUCCCCAAUGCCAAACAUUGAUAAGCUGGUUGAGGCAGCUUCGGGAAAUGAGAGAUUAAGUCUUUUGGAUGCAUAUUCAGGGUAUCACCAGGUGCCAAUGGCUCUAGAAGACGAAGAAAAAACCUCGUUCUAUGCCGGCGAUGAAAUUUAUUGUUAUGUGAUGAUGCCCUUCGGCUUGAAGAACGCGGGUGCCACUUACCAGAAGAUGGUUACCAUUGUGUUUCGAGCUCAGAUAAGCAGGAAUCUGGAAGUUUAUGUUGAUGACAUAGUGGUGAAGAGUUUGAAAGCUGAAGAUCACUUAACCGACCUCGAGGAGACAUUCAAAAACCUCAGAAAGAACAGAAUGAGGCUCAAUCCAGCAAAGUGCAUCUUCGGCGUGGAGUCUGGAAAAUUUUUAGGCUUCAUGGUGUCCAGGAGGGGGAUCGAGGUUAACCCCGAGAAGAUUAAAGCAGUAGCCGAGAUGGAACCGCCGAAGUCAGUAAAAGAUAUACAGAGGUUGAUUGGAAGAGUGGCAGCUCUUCAUCGAUUCAUAUCAAAGUCAGCAGAUAAAUGCCUGCCAUUUUUCAAGAUUAUGAGGUCAGCCGCCCAGAAGGAUGAAUCAGGACCAUAUCAUUCAACCCCCAAUCCAGAGCCCAACGAAUGGACCUUAUAUGUUGAUGGGGCGUCUAGUAGCAAAGGUUCAGGAGCUGGAGCUCUCUUGAUCGACCCAGAUGGGUACCGAAGUGAACAUGCCCUGAAGUUCAACUUCGAUGCAACAAAUAACAUGGCUGAAUAUGAAGCUCUGCUACUUGGUUUACAACUAGCAUUGGAGUUGAAAAUCAGCGCAAUCCAGGUAUAUAGUGACUCCCAGUUGGUGGUGAACCAAAUCAAGUCACUCUGCGAAGUUGUUGAUCCGGUAAUGAUGAAGUAUGUAGCCCUUGUGGCCGAGCUGAAGUGCAGAUUUCAGAGGUUCUGCCUAAGCAAAAUUCCCCGGGCUGAGAAUGAACAGGUAGAUUCACUUUCUAAAUUUGCCUCGAAUAGCUCUUUAAAUUCUAGAUCAGUUUUUGUGGAGGUCCUAGAUGCACCAAGCUUCACGAAGCUGCGGGUGAUGGAGAUCAGCACAGACCCAAGCACGCCAAGCUGGACUGACUCAACUGUCUCCUUCCUACGAGAUGGAGUAAUACCUGAGGAGAAGCAGGAGGCAAUGAAGUUGAGGAAGAAAGCAUCUCGGUAUAUACUUGUUGAUGGGGUCCUCUAUAAGAGAUCUUUCUCACUCCCUCUCAUACGGUGCUUGAAUCCCUAUGAAGCAAAAUAUGCGCUCAGGGAGGUGCAUGAAGGUGUCUGCGGAAGUCACGUGGGUGCUCGAACUUUAGCUCACAAGGGUUAUUAUUGGCCCAACAUGUACAAGGAUGCCACUCAGUUCGUACAGAGGUGUCAGAAAUGCCCAUUUGUGAAGGGGGUAGGAGGUGUAACCCAUCUCAUUGUCAGUGUAGAUUAUUUCACAAAAUGGGUUGAAGCUCGGGCAUUAUCCAGUCUCACCUCCAAGAAGGUCAAAGACUUUGUUUUUAGCUCGAUUAUUUGCAGAUAUGGGAUCCCGAAUCAGAUUGUAACUGAUAAUGGAACUCAGUUCAAUUGCUCCUCAUUCCGAGAUUUCUGUUCCAGUUACGGGAUUAAACUGCAGUUCACCUCGGUUUACCAUCCGGAGUCCAACGGCAUGGUCGAAUUUGUUAACAAAUGCAUGUUAGAAGGUAUAAAGCCGAGGCUAGAACAACACAAGGCCAAAUGGGCAGACGAGCUCAACAACGUCCUCUGGGCAUACAGAACUACAAGUCGAACUACCACAGGUGAAACACCCUAUCAUCUGGCCUUUGGUACCGAAGCAGUCAUUCCUAUCGAGAUAGGAGUCCCAAGCUUCAAGGUCACCCAUUUCAAUGAAGGGCGAAAUGGACAACUGCUUCGGGAGAACCUUGAUCUGCUUGACGAAGUCAGAGAAGAAGCACGACUUCGAACUCUAGUCUACAAGCAGAAGGUAGCAAACUUUUACAACAAACGAGUUCGACCCCGACCAUUCAAAGUAAGCGACCUUGUUCUCAGGAAAGCUGGUCUAACGGGGUUCGAAACUCGAUUUGGAAAGUUAGUACCAAACUGGGAAGGCCCCUACACCGUAGCCGAAGUGCCACACCCAGGUGCUUAUAUCCUACAAGAUACUGAGGGAAAAAGGGUUCCUAGAGUCUGGAAUGCCAAUAACUUGAAGAAAUUUUACCCUUAAUACACUUCUUUCCAGUAAACUUUGUUUUAACCACCAUUAUUCUGAUUGCUGUAUAUCAAAACUCAAUUCAUAUGAAUUUCACUUCACAUUCGAAGUAUUUCAGUUCUUUCUACCCUUCUGUACAUUAGAAGUUAAUUCCUUAUGGCUUAUUUAAUCCUUUCAUUUUCUGGGAUACAAUUUUUUCAAUU